AUGAUGCUGCGAAUCACGACUCUUCUCGCUCUGUUCCCCACCGUCUUCGGGGCCAGGCUUCCUUCCACCGCCAACUGCACUGGUGAAUGUCAGACAGCUUAUGAGACAGCAUAUGAUUUCGACUCCAGCGGAUGGGUAGUCGACGACCUUGCCGACGAUCCCUUCUGGCAAGCCCCAACCAAUCUCACCAAUGUAGUCCCUGGCGACCUCCUCAAAUGGGAGACGCUUAGUGCUGAAGCUGUGGGUACCAACUGGACCAUCCCGGGCGGAACAUCUCUGUCGCGACUUGUCUACGUCACUGAAGACAUUGACGGCGAUCCUCUGCCUGCUACUGCCUUUGUGCUUCUCCCUUUUGCACAGCCCAAGUCGGGGGGAAAGCUUCGAACUGUUCUAUGGGCACAUGGCACAGCCGGUACAGCUGCAGUCUGUGCCCCUUCCAAUCACCACAGCCUCUACUACGAAUGGUCCGCCCCCUACGCAUACGUCCAAGCCGGGUAUGCUGUCAUUGCCCCCGAUUACACCGGGCUUGGUAUCAAGAUCCCCCAGGGUUUCAUGUACGAGGCCGGAUGGUCCCAUGCUGCUGAUGCAGCCUACAGCCUCGUCGCCGCAAGAAAGGUCAUUGGAGAGUGGCUCUCGGACGAAUGGGUCGCCAUCGGCCAAAGCGAAGGCGGCCUAACCACGUGGCGGCUCAACGAGAGACUUGCAACACCGGAUUCCAAGGCCCUGAAAAAGGCUGGAAAUCUGAUUGGCGUUGUAUCCAUUGCUCCAGCUCUUCGACCCAUUGACCUUUUGGAAACCUUCUCUGAUGAACCAUCACUGUUUGGCAUAACGGCUCUUCUGUCAUCCUACAUCAUGCGAUCCAUAUCCGGCCUGUACUCCGACUUUCGGCUUGAACGCUACUUGACGCAAGCGGGCCUAGAACUGGCUAAAUACGCCGGCGAGAAUGGCUGCUCGCUAUCUGGUCUCUCAGUCUUCGCCGGCUUGACCAAGGAGAGCUUCUUCAAGAACGUGGAUUGGAAAAGGGACCCCGCCGUUGUCGAGUGGAGAAAGAAGUAUAACGGUGAAGGACGAACAUCCAAGAUUGCCGCGCCGUUGCUGGUCGUCCAAGGUGAUGCCGACCUUGCGGUUCCAGCAGCUUUCACAAAGGAGGACCUGAAGGGAAUUCGCGCCGCCAACCCAAGGUCUUCCAUCCGAUACUACGAAUAUAAAGCUCUGGAUCAUGACCUGGUGACUGGUAGUGCCCAGAAGGACUAUCUCGCGUGGGUCAAGGACCGCUUCGAUGGUGUCAAGGCCAAUCCCGGGUUUUUCACAUCCACCAUCUCUAAUCUCACGAGCGCUUUCUAUCCAAUGAUGAGAGUUUACGACGCAAAGUCUUAUGGGGAGCCAGGCGUCUAG